AUGAACACGACGUUCUCUAGUCCUGAGCCCGCGGUUGCUGCGCCUCUGACAGCCACUGCUCCUCCAACAGUGAACCAUGAACGUUUCUAUAUGGACACCAGGAGCGUCAAGUUCAAGCUUGACGAUGGGACGCUCUACAAUGUGUUCCGCUACUUCUUCGAGCAGUCUCCCACCUUCGUGGAGGAGUAUCUGUCUCAAGACGACGUCGAGGUCAUCUACCUGAAGGACGUAUCCCGCGUCGACUUUGACCGCUUCCUCUCUUAUAUGUAUCCCAAGUCGCUCGGCAAGUGCGACGUCAACACCUCCGAGGAAUGGACCUCCGUCCUGCGUCUUGCGAGCAAAUGGGGCUUCACCGACCUCCGUGCCCACUCCCUCGAGAAGCUCGAAUCCACCGCAGCGCCCAUCGACCGCAUCCUCAUCGCCCGCGAGUUCGACCUGCCCAAGUGGCUCCUCCCUGCCUUCGUUGAUCUCUGCACGGCACCUGAGCCGCCUACCUUAGAGGCCGCCGAGCACCUCGGGCUCCCCGCGGUCGUCAAUAUCGGACGCAUCAGGGAAAAGGUCAUACGCGCCGGCGGUGCGCGAAACAUGGGGCCUUUUGUCCUGGAGCAGGCAGUCGUAGAUGCGAAACUGGCGAAGGGACCCGCUGGCCCACAAAUAAUCCAGAUGCCACAGUUCGUGUUCAAGCAGGCGGUCCUCGCCCGUCUCCUGGCGGCCCACGUCGCAGCCCACUGUCAUUUAUCCCCCUGCGCCGGUGAUGGCCAACCCGAUGCGUAA